AUGAAUGCCGGAAUGAGCCAUGCCUACGAGUCUCAUUUUGGGCCCCCAUCGGAACUUAUAAAUGUUUCAGCGUUUAUCCAGACAGCCAAAGACGCGGACUUGCUCUCUCAAUCCACGGAGGCCACUGCCGUGAAGAACAAGUGGCCUAGUUUGUCUGAAGAAGAAAAGGAGUCAGUCUCCGCGGAGUGUAGGCGGAAAAGGAAACGAAACCUUCCCGACCCCGCUUUCGAAUCUAGCGAAGUCAUUGCGCUUCGCAACAAGCUCGACAGUGUAAAAUUGAAAAGCUGGCACCUGUCGUUAGAUGCCGCUUUGUUCAUGCGAGCCCCCAAAAACUCUGAUCAAAAUACUCUCCGUCAAAUAAAAAAGACUACAGCCGAUCCUGUUACCGACACCAACCAAGCCCUUCUAACGAUCACAGUGCACAACCGCGUUCCAUGGGGACCCGGGUACUUCAGCAGGUCCUCUCAGCACGCUGUCCUCUCCUCUCAGACCCUCGGCGACUUGUUCGAAGCAAUCCCGUGCACCUCCAACGAGAUACCCAAGGAGAUUAUUCGGGAUGGCGAACUCGUCGGCUACGAUGCCAAAGGCCCUCCUGAGCCCAGCACGGGGUGUGUCAUAUGCCUCGAGGGUGUUGCCUACGGCGAUGGUCAGAACGAACCGGAUUACGCAGACAAGCUGCUUGGCGUCCUUGCAAAAUUGCCACCGAAUAAGUGUACCCCGCUGAAGAAAGGUCCUUCGAUCUACGACACCGCGUUCUCGUCCCUCACCCUGAAGCUCAAUGAGCCAUACUGGCUGCUCCACCAAGGUAACUGUGAGCACUUCCUCGUAGUAGACCAAAUCAGACUGCUUCACCCAGGCGACCCGCCAGCAGGAUAUCCGUUGACAGUACAAAUAACACCGCCUCUCCUUGACCUCUGCCGAGCUUGUGGUAAAGUUCCAGCAGUGUGGUCUAUCGUCGGAGACAUCAGACUGGGCGAGAGUCCCUGCAUCUUGUGCGCCCCCUGCUGGAGAAAUAUGGGCGACCCUUCGGAGGAGGCCGUGAUAGUUGUACCUCUACCCAAGCAUGAAAUGGGAUGGUAA